CCAUAGUUAGUGUGAUUAUUGGAGAGAGAAUAAGAAAAAACCCAACUCAACUCAAACCCAUCUCCCCCUCCUCGAUUAGCUUCUCUUUCUAAGAAGCCAUGUCCCAUACCAAGUAGUGUUUUUGAGAGAGAAAGAUUACAGAAGGAAGGAAGAGGAGAAAGCUGAGCAGAAAAUUACAACAGAAGGAAAGAGAAAGGGGUCCUUAUUAUCUUGUUAGCUCAGAGAAACUCAGUCAUCUCUCCCUCUCAACCCCAACUUUAUUUUUCCCAAAAAAAAGCCAAAGUAACAGUAGUAGUAGCAGCAGCAGCAGCAGCAACAGCAACAGAACCAAGAGAUGCAGAAACUACUGCCACCCCAACAAACUUAGAUCUCUUCCCUUUUUUCCUCUCUAGAACAAAUCCUUCUGCUACCAUUUGACCCCACAAAGUUAUAAUCUUCAAGAUUUUGCUCUCUCCAUCUUCUGCUGCUACUGUCACCAACAAUUGUGGCUACCACAAGAAGGCAACUGACAUCGGAUUCGGGAGCCUUUGCAGACUGGGCGGCGACCUCCUCCUCCACGGCAAUCCGGGCUGGCCCUGAUGACCUCUCUCUUGGAUUCAAUGCUGGUCCUGCCUCUGCCCCCACCGGACCCUCCUCCGCCCCCUGGCCUCCUUCCGCCAGACCCAUCAACUAUGGUCUCGCCCCCGAGAUGGGCAUGGUGGGUCUUCGCGACGUCUUUGUGGUAGCUCCGGCUUCGUCUUUUAAUCACCACCAUCACCAUCAGCACGAACACAUCAUGUCCAACGAUCAAAUCGGCGGUCCAAAUGCUGCUACCGCGCUGGGCGUCGGUGUAGGCGUUGGUGUCAUCCCUCUUCUUACCGCGGCGCCGUGCCUUCCUCCACAAAAUAUGGAGGAUUCGGAUUUGUUGAAUAACAGUAGAAACAAACUGAGUGGGAUGCAGUUGUGGCAGAGUCAGAAUUCGUCUCAUUAUUUGAAGAAGCCAACUUCCGUCCCCGACAACACCACUCCUUCCAUGAAUUUGGUACACAGUGGUGGUAGCGGUAGUGGCGGGAUGGGCAGCGGCGGCUCGGGUUCCAGUUCGGGAGCGACGUGUCAAGACUGCGGUAACCAGGCCAAAAAAGAUUGCAGCCACAGAAGGUGCAGAACUUGCUGCAAGAGUCGCGGUUUCGAUUGCGCUACUCACGUUAAGAGCACGUGGGUACCGGCGGCCAGGAGGAGGGAGCGUCAGUUAAUGGCGGUUGGAGCUGGUGGGCCGGGUGCCUUGUCUUCUGGAUCGACCUCCGGUGUCAAGAAACCUAGACUCAUAACCUCGCAGACCACAACAUCUCACACCUCCACUUCUAACACAACUCCACCGAGAAGCUUCGACACUAGCUCGAGUCACCAAGAUGCAGGUUUUAAGGAUGGGUUGCCGGGGCAAAUACGUGCACCGGCAGUAUUCAAGUGUGUCCGUGUCACAGCACUGGAGGAUGGUGAGGAUGAGUACGCAUACCAAGCAGUUGUUAGGAUUGGCGGUCAUGUGUUCAAAGGCAUCCUACAUGACCAAGGAGUCGAAGCUAGAGAGGGGUUUCCUAAUCUAUCUGAAUUGCAUUUAGGUGGUGGUAGUCAUGGUGGUGGAGGUGGUAAUGGUAGAAAUGGGGGCUCGGCAUCGUCCCCAGUUCUUGAUCCAUCUGAAGUUUAUGCAGCCGCUGGUGGUGGCUUACUUGGCGGUUCAACUUAUGGUAAUCCAAUAAACUGAGCUUAUCUUUCCAAGUUUAAGGUAGUGAGAGGAACAACUUGGGAAGAUGAAUUGCAAUCUAAUUCAUAUUCUGCCUGCUAAUUAUGCGUAGAGCUGUGGUAAAUUCUUCUUCUUUUUCUUUUCUCUUUUUUUUUUUUUUAAUUAAAUGAAGCUUUUUCAUAAUU